GGUCUGGUUAGUUGGGUCAUAACAAGAAAGAGAAUGAAAGAAGAGAGGAGAAAGAAGAAGGGAGAAGAAGUUAAGGGUUUUGGAAGAGAAGAAGAGCAGAGAAGCCGCCUGCCUCAAAUCCGCCAUUGGAGAUCGAAUCCAAGGCAAGAAACUUCGAAUCAAGACUCCUCUCGGUGCUGGAGGAAGAGUUUGGGUGGUGGAUUCGCCAAUUCCAGCAAGAAAAUCCAAGAAUGAACAAGGAGGAGAGAGAAUUGCCGCUACGCGUCACCCAACGAAUGAAGGAGUAGGGCAGAGCCGGCAAGCGACACAUGGCAGCAUUCCACUGGAGUAGUGCGUUCGGCCAGCCUGUCGACAUGCGUCAGAGCGUGCGGAUUCGGGUCGACCCGGAACACCCGCCAAACCGAUCCGACGACUAGCAGUCCAACCUGACAAAAUACGAAGGGAAGUCUCCAUCCGUUGGGGCUCGAAGCGCAUCACUGCCCGCGCGUGUGCCUUGCGCGUGGGGGAAACCUGCCGAUGCAUAGAACCCCAUAUUUUCACCACUUCGGCCUCCGUUUGUUUGUUUUUUGUCCUGAUUUCGAUACUAACCUUAUUGUUAUGUGAAUUAGGACCUAUCAAGGAAAUUUCAGAAUUUUUGGAACCUUCUUCAUCAAGAAAUUCGAGCUUGGAAAGACACGCGUCAACCAAGUAAGUAGCCAUUUGGAUUCCCACGAGCAAUACUUGUAGGAACCGCUUGGAAUAAGCAUGCAUGUGUCAAAUUCAUAAACCUAGCUAGCCAAAUCUAGUAUAUUAGUAUAGAAACCAUGGAAAUGAAUUAACUAAGGAAAUCAAUGGAAUCUCCAAAUCUAGUAUAUUAGUAUAGAACCAUGGAAAUGAAUUAACUAAGGAAAUCAAUGGAAUCUAGAUAUGAAUGACUAUGAAAUCUGUUUAGACUGAGAAUGUGAUAUUGUAUGUAUGCAUGAGGAGGAAGGAAAAUUUGUGAAAUCUACGCUCAGGGUGAAAAUGAACGUUAUCUACCCGUUGAACAUAUUUGUUAAUAUUGUUUGAAUUAUUGCAUGUUAACUCCAGUGCAUGAUUGCUUGUAUUAUCUUUCUUGUUGAAUAGGAAAAAACUACGAGCUUAGAUUAGGGCACUUGAGACAAAGUAGGCUAGACAAAACUCUAGAAUGGGAUACCUCUAAAAUAUCAUGCAUUUAGGCUCGCGAAGCGAUUACCAGCGGACCCAGACCCCAGUAUUCCUGACCACGAUAGGUUUGUGAGACAUUGCGCGAGAAUCCUAGAGAUGAAUGAAUUCAAGUUUAUGCCACCAAGAUCUGCUCUAGAAAGACUAGUAGGAAACCAUGGUAACUGUAGGUAGCUCGCCAGAGUUGAGCAGUGUGGAUAGCCUCCACUUCCCUCUCUGUUCUGGUACCAUACCGUCGAGACAAAACUUCGAUACUGAGAUCGUUGAGCUAGCUAGGUAGAGCCGGACAGGGAAGUGUGACCUGUGCCCCGACCUAGUGGUGGUAGCUAAGGGGUUUUCUGAACAGGACCCUCGGGUCGUAGAAACCUGUCCCUGAGCGGGGGAGUGUGGAACUACGUAGGGUGACUUAGUAGCUAACUGGCACACAAGGGUUCGCAACCCCCAAUUUUAGUGGAAGUAUGGUCCCGCGGGAGGGUUGUCAGCUAACCUCCACGGAUGAUUUUCAGAGAAAGUUACUUAUGCAGAUCCAAUCAUACUGUCCCCUCAAUUUUACUUGUGAGGUCGCGUCUCACCUCAAGACACUGAUCAUCCACUGCAUAAGAUGGGCAAGCCUCUUAAGCUAUAAAAAAGAGAGUUGCAGUUUAGUUCGCAGUCCCUAGAACCCCGAGACAAGGUUGUGGAUACCUACUAAGAUAAGGAUGCGAGAAAAGCCUACAAGUAGCUGCUUAUUGAGUAUUUUUAUACUCAUUCUUUUCUAUUUUUUUUUUCUUCAGGUGAGUGAUGCCAUGGUUUGAGGCGGGAACGCGUGCGGAAUCUUAAAGCCACAAAGGAGUGUCCCGGGGUGUCUAGGAGUCUGUACAUGUUCAUGUUUAGAUAUGUCAUACGUUUUUGUAGUUCAUACACUUACUUUUUCAUGAAACACAUACACUAUACUUUGUUUUGACAUUAAUUCUUCGGCGUAAUUGUUAAAAUCUUUCUGUAAUUUCUUAUUGUCUAUCACAUUUUACACGUUUUGAUGGCAUAGUCUGUUAGUCCAACCCUUAAUUUCGAGUCUCAAAUUUUGGGCUGUGACAGUUUGGUAUCAGAGCACCGGUUUUAGGUCCUAUAGACAUUAGGGUAUAGAGUCUAGUAUCUCUAUGGCCUAAGCUUCUGACAUGCCCCGCCGUGACUUGGCACAAUAAAAACGUGGUAUUGACUCCCAGUCCCUGCCUGUUGACAGAUAAUGGCGCCUAAGAGGAGAGGAGCCUAUCUCAGACCUGGUCCUAGGAGGGGCAGGAGAAGGGUCGAAGAGGUCCCAACUAUUCCUAUCCCCGAGGUGGAGCAACACCCACCCCUGGAGGAAACCAGAGAGCUAACCUCAGAUGAGGAACAGGCACGGCCACAGACACCCACACCGAGGAGAGGCCAAAGAAAGGCCGAGCCUCGGGCUAUUCAAGAGACUGUUCCUCAGAACCCGACGCCUAGAGGGACUCCACCAGCGCCAGCACUGAUUCUUGAGGAGGUGCCUGCCCAGCCGACAACGACCUUUACACGGGAUGUGUUACAGGUAUUCAUGAGAACCUCUAUGGAAAAUCAGGCACAAUUGACUCAGUUAAUGCAGACACUAGUGGCCAAUCAGGCACAAUUAACUCAGUUAAUGCAGACACUAGUGGCCAAUCAGGCUGCAAUGCAGGGAACGAGAGAUAUGGGGAUGACUGUAGAGUCUUGUUAUUUUAGGGAUUUUCAGUGGUAUAAACCGCCUUCUUUUGAUGGAGACAAGGUGGAUCAUGCUGCAGUUGAGACGUGGUUGGAGGCUAUAGAGACGAUCUUUCUGUACAUGAACUGUCCACCAGAAUAUCAAGUCCACUGCGGGACUUACAUGCUGAAGGGCGAAGCCCAUUUUUGGUGGAAAGGCGCCCGGAAAACUAUUACUCCAGUGGGAGGUUAUAUUUCUUGGAAUCAGUUCAAGGAAGCCUAUUUGUGUAAAUAUUACCCAACGGUUGCCCGACUCAAGUGUCAGGCAACAUUCCUAGAACUAAAAUAGGGGGACAAUGACAAGAAGAUGAUCUCGAGUUUAAUAGGCUGGCGAGGUUCUGCCCUGAGUAUGUCAGCAAUGACAAGAUGAAGACUGAUUGCUUGGUCGCCGGUCUCCGGAUAGAGAUUCAGGGUCUAGUAGUGGCACAGAUAUCCUCAGCUUCUUCUGGCUUGUGGUCACAAAAUUAUACCUUUCUCCAGCUGUUUUUGUUUGAUUGCCUGACUUCUAUAAUACAGAUAAACCAAAUUUCAGAACUUCUGCUGAAUCCUGUACUAAAGCGGCCCUAUUGAUAGUAAAUGUUUUUUCCUUUCACUUUAUGACUUCAUCUAGAGCUCCCUUAAACAAGUGGAAUUUGCUGCCCUCCUGAUCGAGUUUGAAAUGGGCAAUGUUUGCCAUAUUCAAUACCCUUCGAUAUACUUUUCU